AUGGACGAAGACAUGAAACCGAAUGGCGCUUCGGCAACCCGUGAUGCAAUCCAUGCUCUGUGGCUCAUAUGUGACCCAAGACGACAAAUCUCUUCUCCCCUACCUCACCGACUAAGAAACUUUAUAGAGUUUGCUGUUGCUCUCAGACUGCCGAGUUGGUUGUGGUUGUCGAAGAAGAAAAAGCAGCAGAGAGCGGACGAGGUGAUGAAGAAACUGGGGCUGAGUGCUUGUGCUCAUACCCUGGUUGGGAAUCAGUUGUUGAAAGGUAUCUCGGGAGGUUCCUUCACGGCAACCUCGAUUAUGGACGUGCUGCGGCAACUUAGCUCUUCGGAAUUGUUCGAGCAUUUCGGGAAUGUUCUUCUCCUAACCAAAGACGGGAAAGUGGCAUACUCCGGCUCUGCUAGCGGCAUGGGCAUGCUGGAAUAUAUGCACUCGAUCAUGUCCGCCUUAUUCUUUUCCCUGCCUAGUCAUGAUACGUCAGUAUUCAAAAUCGUAUCGGAUGCAUACAGGGAAUUCUUCCCAAACAUGGUUAUCUACCCGAUGGAGAGGGGUAUCUUCUACCAGGAAUACAGCGACGACGGAUACUCUAUUGAAGGCUUUUUCUUGGUGUAUACUAUCCUGGAGUUACCUUUGCAAGUCGUGGCCUGCUUCGUGUUCUCCGCUUUAGCAGUUGUCGCAAUCAACCUCUCGUAUACUAUGUCGACAUGUUUCUCAUCGUCACUCUCGGUGCUUUGUGUAUGGUCAAUGCAGGGGUGUCUCUUGGAACCAACCAUCUUCAAUAUGAUAUUCAACGAGCAUAUCUUAUGGCGUUAA